AUGGCUCCUAUAGAUGCACUGAAUGCCAAGCAGGUCUUUACACUACUAGCUGGCACAUAUAGUCUGCUCAACACAUCGAGCUCCCUCAAUGGUACAUCAAUUCCAGACAGACCAUAUGGAAAAAAUCCCGUCGGCAUCCUCACAUACAGCGAGUCUGGCUACAUGUCCGCCACAAUCACAGCUACUGAGCCGGAGUUCCGUCCCGAGAGCUUGAGUUUCCCAUUUUUGGAUUCCCAAUCGGACGCCGAUUGGGCACUGGUUGGGAAGCACGGAAUCGCCUAUGCCGGUCCCCUCCAAUUAAGCGAUGCUAUUCCGGCCACUGAGACUCACGGACAGAUCUUUCAUGGGCCUUUGAUCGUUGCAAAUGUGCCUGCUUGGGUUGGUGAUGAGCAGAGGAGGAAUUAUACACUUUUCGAUUGUGGGAAACUGUUGAAGAUUGACUCUGAGAGAGGCGGUGGUUAUCGAGGAGUUUUGUGGUGGGAGAAGCUGGAUUGA